UCUUCUUCUUCUAUUUUGUCCUUGUUCCUCCUCAUGGAAACUUGAAAAGGAAACCCUUUUCUCAGGGGAGUGGGGACCUUACUCUUUACUAGGCUCCAAAAACUCUGCAAAAAAACAGUUCUUUUAAGAACUCAUUGGAGAUUCCCAUCGUUGUUUCUUUGAAGUAGAGAGGGAAGCAACAAUAAAAGAACAAUGGACGGAGUGGAUAGGGAAAGGAGGAGGAGUUUCAAAGAGCGGCUGGGAUUUAGAGUCAUGGGCUGUUGCCGGUCCAACUGGGGAUUCCGGUCAACCACCAUAAGUCUCAGGGACGAAGAUGAGGUUGAAGACGACAUAGAAGAACCAGAACAAGAGCCAGUUCCUAAUCCGGACCCGGGUUGCGUCAACCCGGCUCCGUUUUCUUCAGGCAUGAACCUAGCUGCGGCUCUAGCAGCCGAACGACAUUUCCGGGCAUCGCAUGAACCUCAGAGGACUCCAACGAGUAAUGUGGGAUAUAGAUUGACGGGGAAGCCUCCGAGGGUGUUGUUGAUGAGGCUGUUAGAGGAGGCGGACGGCGGCGACGCGGAAGAGGAUGAGAAAGGGAGGAGCAUGGAAAUGGGGAAUGAUUCGAUGUGCUGCGUGUGCAUGGGGAGGAAGAAAGGUGCAGCGUUUAUCCCAUGUGGACACACUUUCUGCAGGGUUUGUUCGAGGGAACUGUGGCUGAAUCGAGGGUCUUGUCCCCUCUGCAACCGUUCGAUCCUCGAGAUUCUUGACAUUUUCUGAACAUCCAACGGUGCUCCUCUCUUCUUGAUGAUGCUGGUGAUGGUCAAAGGAUGAUCAAUACUGAACGUGAUGAUGAUGAUGAUGGUUGUGCCUCGAGAUCAUAAGAUGUUGGAGAGCGAGAAAGAAAAUAAAUUAAUUGUUCAAAUUUCAUAAA